AUGCAGUCAAUCGGAAAGGAAAAUGGUCAGAAGAACAUACCUGACCGAGAGGUAGUAGUAGUGGAAGAAGAAGAAGAAGAACAAGAAGAGCUAAAUCAAGACUGGUCGCAGGUUGCAUCUCUUGUUAAUAAAAAUGCUGCUCUUUCGCUUCCAAAAAAAGGCGAAAAAGACUACGAACCAGACGGGACUGACCUACAAGAACUGCUUCUUUACAAGGCAAAAAAAGCAAUGUUUGAUACUAUAUCGGACUCGAUAAGAGGUACCACUAUAAAAUCUCAAGUGAAAGGGUACUAUGUACCACAUAGACAUCAAGCAAUUUUACCGAAACCGAAAGGUAGUUUCAUGCAAACAAUGGGAAGGGCUGAUAGAUAUGGCGAAUACUGGCUUGAGUUUCACGAAUUUGUCUAUCUGGCAGAGAGGGGUACCAUCAUUCCUUAUUAUAAAUUAGAAGUCAACUCUAGCGGUGAGAGUUUAGACCAUGACAUUGAAAUAUUACUUAGUAUGGAGGACUUAUAUUCAUUAUUUUCAACACAGCAAGAGAUGGACCAAUAUUUUGUGUUUGCUCAUUUAAAAAGAUUAGGUUUUAUACUAAAACUGUGCGGUCAAGAUACGGGUGUCAAGACGUCCUUUUACCCAGCACGGAAACAACAAAAUAGUUUGCAAAUGCUGACUUCGAGAUUACUUUCACUGUUCAAAAUACAAGAAAUAUCACUUUUCAGUGGGUUUUUUUAUUGUAAGUGGAAUUUUUUUUUCCGCAAGUAUACUACAUCACCCCAGAUAUAUCAGAACUUAAAUAGACUCAUUUGUUCCGUGGCUGUGCCAAAAACAAAGUAUGAACUAUGGAAUGCAAAAAAUGGCGGAGAGGUUAAUCAUAAAAAACAACACCUUCCGCUGACUUUUGAUGUAUGGAAACCACAUGCUAAUUUCAAGAAAAAAAAUCCUGGCCUCCCUGAUUUUCAAAUACUUGUUUUCAACAAAAACGAUGAUCUCCAGCAUUUUCCUACGUAUGAAGAACUACGAUCCAUAUUUACUUCCCUCGAUUAUAAGUUUGAGUUUUUGAAUAGAGUCGAUGAUGAUUUCGAUUGGGACGCAAACUCUUAUGUUGAAGGUAUCGCACGAAGUGAAUAUAACCUCAAGACUAGCACGAGAUCUCAUACCGAGAAGAAGGCUUCGGCUUUAAAAACCAAAUCUAAUACUCAAAAAAAGACAAAGCAACCUUGUACUAAAAAGAGACCAAGAACGUAUCCACCUCAUAUACAGCAAAACCGUAGAUUAAAAGCAGGAUAUCGGAGUUUCAUUCUCGCGAUUAUGGAUAACGGGUUGAUCUCUUUCGUGAAAAUGUCUGAAGCUGAUUUUGGGUCUGAAAAUGUUUGGUAUACUCCCAACUCUCAAAAUAAACCAGUUCGAAAAUUGAAAGGUGGAAAAGCAUAA